GGGCCUUGACAGUAGGGAUCGAUAUGUAGAUCAAAACUUGGGAGUGAGAAAAAGUCAGAGACUUGAACUCCCGGGAGGUUACUUCCCUGCACAGAAGGCACUCUUUUCUCGCUUCCUCCUCUUGCCAUGGCGGUGCUCAGAACAGCAUACUCCUUCUUCUUCUUCCUCCUCUUGUUAUCUUUCGAUAUAAUCUCGGCCUCGUUUUGUGCUCACCCGGGUUACGAUUCUGGGGAGUGUUCCGUCAGAAAUGACGUCAUCGAGCUCGACAAGGCCGACCCUUCCGGCCGCCGGAUUAUCGACAUCACCCACGCCUACAGAGAAGACAUGCCAUCGUGGGACUCCUCCGAGGGUCUGGGCCGCUACGUCUGGCUCGCCAAAAGCAUGAAGAAUGGCUCCCUCGCUAACAACUCUGAGUUCAAGAUGCCGACCCACUCGGGUACCCACGUCGACGCCCCCGGCCACGUCUACGAUGAGUACUUCGAAGCCGGGUUCGACGUCGACACCCUCGAUCUCGCCGUUCUCAACGGAUAUGCAUUACUAGUUGACGUGCCUAGAGACACAAAUAUAACAGCUGAAGCCAUGAAAUCAUUAAACAUUCCAAAGGGAGUACGGCGUGUUCUCUUUAGAACAUUAAACACAGACAGGAAGCUCAUGUGGAAAAAGGAGUUUGAUACAAGUUACGUGGGGUUCACAGAAGAUGGUGCACAGUGGUUGGUGGACAAUACUGAUAUUAAACUGAUUGGAACUGAUUAUCUUUCUGUUGCUGCAUAUGAAAAUGACUUGAUUCCAGCUCAUUUGGUUCUUCUGAAGAGCAAGGAAAUUAUCCUUGUGGAAGGCUUAAUGCUUGACGAGGUUGAGCCUGGUAUCUACUCUUUACAUUGCCUACCGCUUCGCUUGGUUGGCUCUGAGGGAUCUCCAAUCAGAUGUAUAUUGAUCAGAUGAUCAAUUAAUUGAAGCUUCAAGGGGAAGUGGAGGUUAUUGCUUUUAGUUUUAGAUGUAGCUUUGUCACGGCAGAAAGAUUGAGGCGGCUUCAUCAUCUCUUGGCGUUAGGCAGUAAAUCAACUCAUGGUUAUCUAAAUAUUUAUGUGAGGUAGUGCUUCAGAGAAAUACAGAACUGUCUACUUGAUGGCUGACACAACACGUCCAUGUAUGCUUUUUUUGUGCAGAUAAUUAUGCAUGUUUCUCUGCCUUCAUUUCCUUUAGUCCCUUGGUCCUCCUUUUCCAUCCUAACCUCAUUGGGAUGGAAAGGAAAAAAAAAAUUGCGAUUGAAAUAUUUUCUUUGGCUUAUGUUUGUGAAAAAAUGCUACUUAAAAGGCCUUGUGGUCAUCUCAGUGCAAUAAAAAAGGUUGGUUACGGUGA